CAUCUAAGUCCGUCUGCCCCGGAGGCGUGCCUCAAGCGCCCGGUGGAAAAGUGUUCUUAACACGCGGCGCCCACUUGCUAGAAGAACGGAUCCAUAGUCUCCGUGCAUACCCGGGCCGCGGGCUGCGCGUGUCCAUGGCGGCGCCCGCGAUCGGCCGGCGGCGGACGGCGUCGUGCGUGCGCACCGCCGUCUUCCUGUUCCUCGUCACGUUCGUGUGGCUGCAGCUGCACGUCGCCAGCCUGGGCAGCGCCCGACACGCCGCGCCAGACGCCGCUGCCGCCGCCGCGGACGCCAACGACUCCACCGCCGCCAUCCUCAGCAUGGUGCCUCAGGUGCUGCACAAGUUCCUGACGCCCAAGCCGCGGCGCAACGCGACGGUGGCGGCGGGGGCGGCGGCGGCGGCGGCAGGCACUGCAGCGAACGGCAGCGCGGUGGCGGCGGCGGCGGGGCUGCCCGUCCCCAGGCCCAACAUCUCCGACAUCCGGCGCAGCAUCGAGCGCUACAACGAGAUGCAGACCAUCCACAACGAGGAAGUGUUCGGGCCUGUUCAGAAUGACACGCUCAUCAUAGUCGUGCAGGUGCACACAAGGAUUAUUUACCUGAGGCAUCUAAUUGUCAGCCUUGCACAAGCAAGGGACAUAGAUACUGUACUGUUAAUCUUCAGUCAUGAUUACUAUGAUGAAGAGAUUAAUGAGCUUGUACAGAGCAUAGACUUUUGCAAAGUCAUGCAGAUUUUCUACCCUUUUUCCAUACAGACACAUCCAAAGGAGUUCCCAGGAGAAUCCCCAGGGGACUGUCCACGCAACAUAAAGAAAGAGCAGGCCAAGGAAAUGAUGUGCAAUAAUGCUUUAUACCCUGACUUAUAUGGCCACUACAGAGAAGCAAAAUUCACUCAAACAAAGCACCACUGGUGGUGGAAAGCAAACAGGGUGUUCAAUCAGCUGGAUGUUACAAGAAAUCAUACAGGGAUGGUGUUGUUCCUAGAGGAGGAUCAUUUUGUUGCUGAAGACUUUAUUCAUGUCAUGCAUCUCAUGGAAAGAACUUGUAAAGUCAGUUGUGACAGGUGCAACAUUCUUUCCCUUGGCACGUACCUGAAAACCUACAAUUAUUAUGGAGAUUCAAAGAAAAAGGAGGCUCUGAGAGCCAUGAAACGCCACCCGUCUUUCUCUGCAGGCUCAAUUCCUCCAUCCUGGGGCUUCCAGAUACUCCCUUCUCUCUAUCAGCAUUACCAGAAGGCUGAGGUGACACCAUGGGUGAGCAGUAAACAUAAUAUGGGAAUGGCAUUUAACCGCACAACUUGGAAUGACAUUCGACGUUGUGCUGAGUUUUUCUGCAUCUACGAUGACUACAACUGGGACUGGAGUUUGCAACAUAUUUCACAGGGCUGCAUGGCACACAAGUUGUAUGCAAUGGUUAUGAAAGGGCCUCGUGUAUUUCACAUUGGAGAAUGUGGUGUCCAUCACAAGAAAGCCAACUGUGAAUCUACUGCAGUAAUUUCAAAGGUGCAACAUGUCCUGAAAUUUGCAGCAAAACAUCUGUAUCCUACACAUCUGACUCUGACAGUUACGAAUGGCAACAAGAAGCAGAAACUACGAAAGGGUAAUGGUGGCUGGGGGGAUAUUAGAGAUCACCAGCUAUGCAUCAAUAUGACAAAAAUAGGCAGGUAGUACACAUUUGUCCCAGAACUGUGGGUUAGGGACAGAAUACUUUUCAUGCUAGAACUCUCUGUAUGUGGAGAAUAAAUGUUAAUCUAUAGUUACUGGAGUGGUGACUCACAAUUUAGUGCCAUGCUCCUAAAUCUUUAUUUGAAGUCAACUCUUCUAGCUGAAUUUCUUGGAUGUGAAGUAUAAGACUUUAUGCACAUUUUAUAUUUGAUGCUUCCAGAUGUGCAUGAUCAAACAAAAGUGACAAAUAUGCUUGAAAAAAAGACUUUCAUGCAGAUUUUUCUGUCUGCAAAGCACCAUUUCUUCUAACUGGAACUGUUUUGUGUAAGGCAAUGUAACAGUGUGAUACAUUGGCAAUACAAAAUAUCUGCAUUAUUUUUUGUGAAAAUGAUUUUUUGUGAAUGUUUUCCAUGAGGUAUGCUACAUAAAGGCACGUGGUUAUAGAUUUAUGUACUGUUCUAAUUAAAAGUAUAUAAUUUUUAUUGAAACCAUGUGUAAAGACAUGAACUAAGGCUAUUCAGUGUAAAUGUAAACACAAAUGCACAUAUUUUUAAUGAUCAUGUGACAAUUUGUAUAAAAGUGCAUCUAUAUGUGUCAAAAAGAUGUUAGCAUUAGAUUCUAAAAAAAAGCUCUUGUCCAUUGAGUGCAAAUCAUUGACUGCUUGGUUUAUUUUUAUAUUCUAAUUAUUAUGUCACAUCCUAUAUAAAGCUUUGUAUAGAAAACAUGUUAUAUAUUCUGCCUGGUGAAAACCCAUUUCUGUGAUCCAAAACUUUUCAAAAUAUUGUAGCUGUCUUUUAUAAUUAAUAUUGGUUUUCAUUUUGGCAAGCUUAAAGUAGGUAUAUUGCUUCCAAAGUGAUGUAACCAUGCUCAAAUUAUUUUUAAGAUAUUCAUCUGUAAUAAUCAGUGAAUUUAUAUGAAACAAAGGAUAUCGUGUAAGAUUUCAGUAAGCAUCGGUAUUGAAAGAACUAAAGGUAGCUUGUGUAAAACACUGUGGUACAUUGAAAAAAAUGUACUAAUAUAUUUGUAUAAAAAUGAUUUUCUACUGUAAACUUGUAGUUUCAAUUGUCUGUAAGUAAUAAAGUGAUUUCCAUGAGUGGAGUUGGAAAUUGGAGCAGAUGCCUCAUACGUGCAAAACUUCAUAAGGAUUCUCUGAUUAGAAUUUUCUGUGCUAACCAUAAAUUUAAAAUACUUUAGAGGAGAACUUUUAAAGAAGAUAUAAAUCUAGCUGCAGGCAUGGAGGGUCCAAAUUAAAUCUGUUUGUUGGAAACAGAUUCAUGCUUCCUUACCAAUCAUCAUGGCAAGAUAUAUAUGUGUGUACAGCUAAAAUGGUGCUAAUUGAUGUUAGUUUGUGUAGCAAAUAUUCUUCAUCAUCUGUCUUUGUUUUAUUGUAUCUGCAAGCUUUAUGAUAGAUUAAAGUUGUUUUACAUAUUGUUCUGUAUUCUGACAUUGCAAAGGAGAUAAUUAAUGAAGCACAAAGUUAAUGCACUUACUUCUGAUGAAGUAUAUUGCUGACAAUAUUUAUCAGUCUUACCAGUAACUGCUUAGCAGAAUUUGUUUUAUUGCCUAUCUUUUUCCAUUCAUAACAAUUGUGUAUCUAGUCACGUAAAAUAAUGUUCAUAUGUUUCUGUUAUAUAUAUAAAAAUUUAAGUGCUCUUGUUUCAUAGAUCUGAAUAUUUAAAAGCACCUUUUUUUGUUUUUUUUUGUUGUUAACAUGAAGCAGUCUACGGAUGGAUUGAAACAAUAAAGUGGUAAAUAAUAGCAUAAAACUUUCUGGCUAAAGAAACCGUUAUAUUACAUUAUGUACAUACAUGGAAAUUUUGGUGUUCUGUGUAUGUUACACUGCUAUCCUUUUUAUAUCAGUGGAAACCAAAUAAAAUUUCUGAGCAAACUGAUUAAUUUACU